AUGUCGAAGAAACGCAAGACCUUGCCGCAGAAGCACAAACCAGCCUCUCACAAGGCCCAGGACAAGGGCAAGAGACCAGCCCAUAAGACUGAAAAACCGCAAGCCAAAUCUGGCGGCAGCAACCCUAACACCGACGCUCGAGAUCUCGAGCCCACCAUCCCUUUUUCGCCCGAAGAUGCCAUACUUCUCGUCGGUGAAGGCGACCUUAGCUUCUCCAGGGCCCUUGUAGAGCACCAUUAUUGCGAGAACGUCACAGCGACAGUGCUGGAGAAGGAUCUGGAGGAGCUCACUGCCAAGUACCCUCACGUGAACGAGAAUGUGGAGCUCAUCGAGGCCGAGGGAAGCAAGGUGGCUUAUGGAGUAGACGCCAAAAAGAUGGCGCCGUGGGCCAAGAAGUCAGGCAAGGACUCGGUCGGCAUCAUGGACAGGAUAAUCUUUAACUUCCCGCACGUGGGAGGCAAGAGCACAGAUGUCAACCGCCAGGUACGGUACAACCAGGAACUGCUCGUUGAGUUUUUCAAGCGGGCUUUGCUCUCGCUAGCGCCGGGAGGAACUAUCAUCAUCACUCUGUUUGAAGGUGAACCAUACACACUCUGGAACAUCCGUGAUCUAGCACGGCACUCGGGGCUACAAGUUGAGCGCAGCUUCCGUUUCCAGGCCUCCGCAUACCCAGGAUACCACCACGCGAGGACACUUGGUGUCGUCAAGAACAAACAGGGCGACAUUGGUGGUGGCUGGAAGGGUGAAGACCGCGCUGCCCGAAGCUACAUUUUCGUGAGGAAAGACGAGGUGCCGAAGGCCGUGUCCAAGAAGCGAAAGCGCUCGAGUGAUGACGAGGACAGCGACAAUUCUGAUUGA